AUGUGGUUUCCUGCUGUCUCAUCAACCACACAAUUUCCGAAUUUUUACAUAACUGGCGCACUCACCCUACAUGUCGAUCCGCAACAUCGUUCCGUACAACAAUUUGUUGACGAUGAAAUUAUAAAACCAUUGGGAUCAGAUGAAUUUUACUUUGGCCCGGCACCAUUUAAUCGUGAAAAUGAUAUUUCAUCAGUAAUUAAACUAUUGCCACCUGAUGUUAAAUACGUUCCCUACACUAAGGAAUACUCUAACAUGCCGUUAGAAAAUCCAUCGUUGUUUUUUGAGAAAGAUUUUAUUGGUUCCAAUGGUUUAACAAAUGCUCAGGGAUUGGCACGUAUCUACAGCUCCUUAAUAACGGAUCUCAGCUUUGGCAGCGGCGAGUGGAAAAAACGUCUGUUAAGUGAAGCUACGGUUGCAGAAGCAAAAAACAAUACGCCUCAACAUGAAUUGGAUAAGGUACUUAAUAUAACGGGGGGAACAGAGUUUUCACAUGGUGGUUAUAAUCUUAUAAGUCAUUUUGAUACGGAGAAAAUCAAGUUUUCUCAAGACCUAAGCCCCAAAGUUCCGAAAAUUGACCAGUUUCAGUUUUUCAUGAAUAUUUUAAGCAACCAAUAG